AUGAAAAUGAGAAAAUUCCACUGGGACUCGAGCGCGUUCAAUUUGGUUUUAGCUUUUGACCCCGUUUUUUUUACAUGGUUUUCUCUGUUCGAAAGAAAGUCGCCACACAAGAAUUCGUCAAACGCUAAAGGCCAUAAUAAUAAUAUCCCUUACACUUCCAUCACCGUUGGCCGUUGGAUGAAUAUCAUGUUCACCAACCAAUCCCCCCACUAUCUGGCACUUGGAUUCUCAAACUGUCUUCUCAGUCUCCGAACCGAAACAGUUCUCCGGAUCCGGGAAGUUCGAAGGCAGCCUACUUCGUUGAAACUUGAAGGGCGUCAGGGAGUUUCAACGUAG